AUGCGCACUCUGGUACAUCUACUCGCGUUUGGCUUGGUUAACUUGUGCCUAGUAACUGCAACUGUUGUUGGUCCACAAUUCCACCGCGCCCCCUCCAAGAGAGCAAAUGUCCUAGGUCCCGUUUCAACCGUCGAGGUCGUGAAUAAGGUCAUUGCACCAGAUGGCUUUGCUCGAUCGACUGUUCUUGCCGGUGGGACAUUCCCCGGUCCCCUAAUUCAGGCGCAAAAGGGAGACGAAUUCUUGCUCAAUGUUACUAACCUACUAAACGAUACCUCCAUGGACAUCACAACAAGCAUCCAUUGGCACGGUAUCUUCCAGCACCAGUCCAAUUGGGCCGACGGAACCGCAUGGAUUACCCAGUGCCCCAUACAGCCUAACGGGAGCUUCUUGCACAGGUUCACUGUUAUCUAUGACCCAGAUGAUCCCCUUGCUGAUAUGUAUGACGUCGACGAUGAAUCGACCAUCAUUGUGCUCUCUGACUGGUACCACAAGCCUUCUCCGCUGUUGUACAACCCCCCUUUCACGCCGGAUUCUACACUAAUUAAUGGACUUGGUCGUUAUCCAGGUGGUCCGUCUUCACCACUCGCUGUCCUUAAUGUCACACAAGGGCAGAGGUAUCGGUUUCGGAUCAUCGGGGCAUCUUGCGAUCCGUGGUUUAACUUCACAAUUGAUGACCACAACAUGACGAUUAUCGAAGCAGACGGCAAUGAAGUGGAACCAGUGGUCGUUGACUCACUUGCGGUGUAUGCUGGCCAGCGCUACUCGGUCGUCGUCACUGCCGAUCAACCCGUGGACAACUACUGGAUUCGAUCUGUGUCCAAUUUCCCUAAUCAGACCUUUGACGGAGGACUCAACUCGGCCAUUCUGAGGUAUGGUGGUGCACCCAUUCAAGAUCCCACGACGGGCCCAGGACCGUACGUUCUGCCGUUUGAUGAAAGUGCCCUUCAUCCUCUUCAUGGCAGUGGUGUACCUGGUACUCCUGGGCAAGGUAACGCGGAUGUCAAUAUUAAUCUCAUCACGGGUAUCAACGCUGCUCAGGGAGUGUACACCAUCGAUGGUGUUGCCUUUGUUGACCCUCCACUUCCCGUACUCCUUCAAAUUCUUAGUGGUGCUCUGAACCCUUCACAACUGCUUCCAAACGGGAGUGUCUACGAAUUGCCAUCCAACAAAACGAUCGAGAUUAGUAUUCCCGCAACAGAUCUCACCGUCGGGGGAGCGCUGGGUGGUCCGCACCCUAUGCACCUUCAUGGGCAUGCAUUCGAUGUCGUCCGCGUAGCGGGCAAUAGCACAUACAACUACGUGAAUCCGGUGCGGAGGGAUACAGUAUCUCUUGGUAGCCAAGCACAGAAUGACAACGUAACAAUACGUUUCACCACCAACAACCCCGGACCUUGGUUUUUCCACUGUCACAUCGAUUGGCACCUUCACAAUGGAUUUGCUGUUGUCAUGGCGGAAGCGCCAUCAGCAGCUGAAGCCCAGGAAAGCAAAGCCACUCCGGAGUAUUGGUACCAACUGUGCUCCUCACAAGGCAUUAGCAGGUAGCACAAGUGCAUACCAUGACUCUACCAGCCAGCAAGUACAUGCACCAUUAUAUUUGUGCUGUUACGAUAUGCCGAGUUUUUUUCUCGUAAUCUUGCUAUCCUUCCACUGUUACCCAACUUGUUCCAGCUGCCCUCGAACUCGCAGAUAUCCUAGGAGUACAAAAUUUCCCUUAAUGACUACAUACUGUGGACGUAUUACACCUCUUUCUGGCUCAACAUUGAACGUCUCUCGCCGUCAUAUGUCCAUACCGAAGGCACCUAUCAGCGCUGUCUAUCCCUGGCACAUGGAAACCUCUGAAGGAGCAAAGUCCGCAGAUGGAUGAACGUAGCACCCCGGAGGUGCUUC